AUGAAGACUUCGGGGCGCGACAGCUCACUGGGUUCAGGUCUCCAUCUAAGACUCUUGACCAACACAUCACAGGGCACGCAAAGGUACAUGUCCACACGUAGACCACUGCGGGCCUUCUACCCCGACACGAUCCCCUUUCGUCCCGGCUGCCCUCCCCCAAUCUACUUUCCCGAGCCAACACGCAAGGAAACAGAAAUAACACACCGCAUCGGCAAUUGUACAUCACCCGGAUUUUCCGACCUCAACCUCUGA